CUUCCGAUUCCGACUCGGAUGCGGACGGAGAGAUCGGAGCUUGGGUAGCGGAAGAGGCGUCUGAUAGUGCGGAUGAUUAUACGCUGGAAGGAGAUGGGGAUGAGGAUGGGGACGGGGAUGGGGCGGAAGAAGAGAGCGAGGGGGAGGGGGAUGAAGAGAGCGGGAGUGGGAGUGGGAGCGCAAGUGUGACGCCUAGCCUGCAAGGGAGGAAGGAGAAAGAGGAUGUUGGAGGCGCCAAGAGAAGGACAAAGAAGAGACCAGACACGGGCAAGAAUGAUCGAGUGCGCAAGAAACGCACGUCGGGCCAGGCACAGGCACAGGCACAAGCACAAGCACAAGCACAAGCACAAGCACGUGCAAGCGUAGCAGAGAGCACGAGGCGCGGUCCGAUGGCAUCGGCAGUGGCAGUGGCAUCGGCAUCGGCAUCAGGUUCGCGUUCCAUGCUUCGCACCAGCCAACUGUCCCUCAGCAAGGAUAGGGACUCGUACAGAUCGUACGUGGAGCGAGUGGAUGGCAUCCGCUCGCUCAGAGCCCUCUCCUCGUGGAUCCCAAGCACCUGCACCCUGCUCAAAUCUUCCCACUGGCCCUUUGACAUCUCUCCUGCUAGGGUGGAGAGCGUGGAUAGGAGAAGGGCGUACGACGUGCUGCGAGAACAGAAGAGCGGCGAUGUUGCGCUGCCUCGCAUCAUCAACCUGGCUUGGAAAGGCUGGCAUGUGCGAGAGCAUGAUUGCGCAUGGUCGCAGCAUCACGUGUCCUACAGAGUGUUGACGGAUCAACAAGCCGCACCAUACAAGCGUUCCCCUCUCGCGCCUCGCAGCGAUGCCUCUUCGCAUUCGCAAGCGCUGCUGCAUCCUACUCAAGUCACCGACACCUUUCCACCCCCUCACGCGCUACAUUUCAACGAGGCGCACGUGCACACGGGCGAUACGGUGCGCUUACUUUUGGGUGCGGCGCCAUCAAGUGCGAAAGAGUACGCGAUCAAGCGUGGUCAGAGCCAGUCUCUAGCUUCGAUAGGAUUACCCAAACCGGGAAGCCACUUGCUGAAUACCGGAAGACCAAUCUUGUCACUCGAUUGGUGUCCCUUGCGGUCCGAUUGUUCCAGACUGCGCAGCAGGACCUCUUGUUCACUCUGCCCUCUGCACGGCACCCUCUCGUGGGCGAUAGCCGAAGAGUACCUGGCCAUCUCGUGCGCUUCGAGCAGCGAACGCAAAUAUUUCGGUAGACCUGCUCCUCCUUCUCCCUCCUCUUUCCCUGCAUCGUCGACCGACUCCUUUUCCGUCGAAUCCGUGCCUGACAAUACGGCACAGCCGCAGCAGGCAGAGGCCGAGCAAACGACGAGCUGCGUACAGAUUUGGAACGUCGGUGCGAACAAGGAAGGAGGAGAGGCGAAGUUGAGCUUGUUGGUUUGCUUUGCGGAAGGGGAGCAGGCUGGGCAGCAAGCGGAGAAGAAGGGAGCAAGGAAAGCACAAAGAGGAGAUGCGAUUCAGAUCGAAUGGUGUCCCGUCGCACAUCAUACGAGCAAAAGAUUGGGAUUGCUGGGAUGCCUGUUUGAGAAUGGUAGGUGGGAAGUGUACGAUGUGCCCCACCCUUUGCUCGUCCAACCUUUAUCUGCUGGAAAGAAGGAGAAGGAGCCUUGUGCUGUCACGCUGCAACCCAUCUUUGGCGCUUCUUUGCGCUCCGACUUGUUCACGUGCUUUGCGUGGGGCGGACAAGAAAGGGUCGCCAUGGGUUGCGCAAGCGGACAUGUUGCGGUGUAUGGUGUUGGCGAUGCGUUGAGGUGCGAAUCAGCAUCAUGUAGACCUUCGCACUACGUCGAAGCCUCCGAAGGUCCCGUCACUACGCUCUCCUUUCGCAUGCUGCCCCCUCUACAAACCUCGCUGGAUGAAGGGGAGGAGGGAGCUGAAGAAUCGACGAGGCUUUACGUGGAAAAGGAGGAUGCUUUGCCCAGCGUGCUCUUUGCGGGUGGGAUGGAUGGAUGCGUGAGAUUGAUGGAUCUGGACGCUUUGCCGGGAGGAAGGGUGAACUUGCAUCAUUAUCGAAACUUGAACCAUUGCUCCACCUUUUCACCACAUUUCGGAAGCUUUGUGUGCGACAAGGUGGAAGGCGAUACGCUCACGCUCGUCAAUAUGCGCGCGCUAGGCUACGGCUCUCAAAAGAGUCUACUAAGAGCUUCUGGACCUUUUCAAACUGUCAAGGCCAGCUACAAUCAUCCGCUUGUUGCUGCAGGGAGCGCAAAUGGAGGCGUGUACCUGUUCAACCUUGUCAGGGUCGCCGCUACAAGGGGUCCAAACAAGGCCAACGUGCUGCUCUUUAGGCUGGAGGUGAACAGGUCGACAGGAGAGCUGCGCAUGCUCGACGAUUUCUUACCUCGAGCGUUUGCAGAGGAAGGACACGGGUCGAGUUGGAUGCCUUGCAUAGGCGUUCAGAGCGUCGCUUGGUCGCCCAACGUCGGUAGGGCUACAUUGCUAGCUUCUGGAACGGGUACGGGUCUGGUCCGGAUCGACUGGUGCGCACCAUCCCAAUCUGCCGGUCAUCCCGUCUUCGACUAGGUGGGGCAAGCAAACGUCGGCCUCUGGCGCGGGCGCGGGCUCGGGCUGGGGAAAAAUGAAAGUUGACGCGGGAAUGCGGGCAACGAAUGUAGCAUACAAUCACAAGGGGGGCGCGUUUCUGAUCGCCGUUUUUUACUGCUUGCGGCGGCCAUUGUACAAGCGCGAGAGGGAAUUUCGGUUCGCUAUGCUAUGCUAAGCUUGCAGCCGCCGUCGCCGCCGCCGCUGCUUCGAGAAUGCGAUCGUCGCGACGAGGUUG